GGGGCGCCCCCAAAUGCGCCGCGGAGAGCUGGGGGAAAAAGGAGAAGGAGGAAGAGGAGGAGGAGGAGAAGAAGAAGGAGGAGAAGGACGGCGCCCGGCUCCUCGCUUGGCUUCCAGCAGUUGGAGAAGCAGCGGCAACGGACUGUCGGGAAGUCAGCGCUUGGAUGUGUGAUGCAGCCGGCCAGCUUCCUUUGGCGAAGAAGUCAGCCCUCCUUCACGUACCUCUUGGAACCCUAAAAGAAGGAUCUAUAAACAGAUUAUCAUGGACCUGAGGGAUUUUUACCUGUUGGCUGCUCUGAUUGCCUGCUUGCGGCUGGAUUCUGCUGUCGCUCAAGAACUUAUUUACACCAUCCGGGAGGAACUGCCUGAAAACGUCCCCAUUGGGAACAUACCAAAGGAUCUGAACGUUUCUCACAUCAAUGCUGCCACCGGAACCAGCACUAGUCUUGUCUACAGGCUGGUCUCCAAAGCAGGAGAUGCCCCUUUGGUGAAAGUCUCCAGCACCACGGGAGAGAUCUUCACCACCUCCAACCGGAUUGAUCGGGAGAGACUCUGCGCGGGGGCCGCUUACGCGGAAGAGAACGAGUGCUUCUUCGAGCUGGAGGUGGUGAUCCUCCCCAAUGACUUUUUCAGGCUGAUCAAGAUCAAGAUCAUUGUGAAGGACACCAACGACAAUGCCCCCAUGUUCCCGUCUCCUGUCAUCAACAUCUCCAUCCCUGAGAACACGUUGAUCAACAGCCGCUUCCCCAUCCCCUCCGCCACAGAUCCAGACACUGGCUUCAACGGAGUCCAGCAUUACGAACUUCUGAACGGGCAGAGUGUCUUUGGGUUGGAUAUUGUGGAAACUCCGGAAGGGGAAAAGUGGCCUCAGCUGAUCGUGCAGCAAAAUCUAGACAGGGAGCAGAAGGACACUUAUGUGAUGAAAAUCAAGGUGGAGGAUGGAGGAACACCCCAGAAAUCCAGCACAGCCAUCCUUCAGGUCACAGUAAGUGAUGUCAAUGACAACAGGCCAGUUUUUAAAGAGAGCCAGGUGGAAGUCCACAUACCUGAGAACGCCCCGGUAGGGACCUCUGUCCUCCAGCUCCAUGCCACAGAUGCAGAUGUGGGAAGCAAUGCAGAAAUCAGAUACAUUUUUGGGGCCCAGGUUGCUCCGGCAACAAAACGACUCUUUGCUUUAAACAACACCACUGGGCUAAUCACUGUUCAGAGGGCCUUGGAUCGAGAGGAGACUGCCAUCCACAAGGUGACAGUUCUAGCCAGUGAUGGUAGCUCAACUCCUGCCCGGGCCACCGUUACCAUCAACGUGACUGAUGUUAAUGAUAACCCCCCUAACAUAGACCUCAGGUACAUCAUAAGCCCCAUCAAUGGCACAGUGUACUUAUCUGAGAAAGAUCCCAUCAAUACCAAGAUUGCGCUGAUUACCGUCUCAGAUAAGGACACCGAUGUGAAUGGCAAAGUUAUCUGUUUCAUUGAAAGAGAGGUGCCAUUUCACUUGAAAGCCGUUUAUGACAACCAGUACUUGUUAGAGACCUCUUCCUUGCUGGACUACGAGGGCACCAAAGAAUUCAGCUUUAAAAUAGUGGCCUCUGACUCAGGCAAACCCAGUUUGAACCAGACAGCCCUGGUCAGAGUCAAGUUGGAGGAUGAAAACGACAACCCUCCCAUCUUUAGCCAGCCUGUUAUUGAGCUCUCAGUUUCUGAAAACAACCGACGAGGACUGUAUUUAACCACGAUUAGCGCCACUGACGAGGACAGUGGUAAGAAUGCAGACAUUGUAUAUCAGCUUGGUCCCAAUGCCUCCUUUUUUGAUCUGGAUCGUAAGACAGGGGUCUUGACAGCUUCCCGGGUGUUUGACCGAGAAGAACAGGAGAGGUUCAUUUUCACAGUCACGGCCAGAGACAACGGGACUCCUCCCUUGCAGAGCCAAGCAGCUGUGAUUGUUACGGUGCUAGAUGAGAAUGACAACAGUCCCAAAUUCACACAUAACCAUUUUCAGUUUUUUGUGUCUGAGAACCUACCAAAGUAUAGUACUGUAGGAGUGAUCACAGUGACGGACGCAGACGCGGGUGAGAAUAAAGCUGUGACUCUCUCCAUCUUGAACGACAAUGAGAACUUUGUUCUGGAUCCUUAUUCUGGAGUUAUAAAGUCUAAUGUGUCUUUUGAUCGUGAGCAACAAAGUUCCUACACCUUUGAUGUCAAGGCUAUUGAUGGAGGACAGCCACCCUGCUCUUCUACUGCUAAGGUCACCAUUAAUGUGAUGGAUGUUAAUGACAACAGCCCAGUGGUCAUCUAUCCCCCUUCUAAUACAUCUUUUAAGCUGGUACCUCUCUCAGCUAUCCCAGGGUCGGUGGUAGCAGAAGUGUUUGCUGUUGACAUCGACACAGGAAUGAAUGCUGAACUGAAAUACACAAUAGUCAGUGGAAACAACAAAGGCUUGUUCCGCAUUGAUCCUGUGACGGGUAACAUCACCCUGGAAGAGAAACCGAUUCCAACCGAUGUGGGCUUACAUCGGUUGGUGGUCAACAUUAGUGAUCUGGGCUAUCCUAAAUCCUUGCACACCCUUGUCCUUGUGUUUCUCUAUGUCAAUGACACUGCGGGAAAUGCCUCUUAUAUUUAUGACCUGAUCCGCAGGACUAUGGAGACCCCUUUGGAUAGGAAUAUCGGGGACAGCAGCCAGCCCUACCAAAACGAGGACUACCUUACCAUCAUGAUUGCCAUCGUGGCAGGAGCCAUGGUAGUCAUCGUGGUCAUCUUUGUCACCGUGCUGGUCCGCUGCCGCCACGCAUCCAGGUUCAAAGCUGCCCAGAGGAGCAAGCAAGGGGCCGAGUGGAUGUCCCCCAACCAGGAGAACAAGCAGAACAAGAAGAAGAAGCGGAAGAAAAGGAAAUCUCCUAAAAGUUCCCUGUUGAAUUUUGUGACCAUUGAGGAGUCCAAGCCCGAGGAUGCUGUUCACGAACCUAUCAACGGGACCAUUAGCCUUCCAGCUGAGCUGGAGGAGCAGAGUAUAGGAAGAUUUGACUGGGGCACUGCACCACCCACCACCUUUAAGCCUAACAGCCCUGAUCUCGCUAAGCAUUACAAAUCUGCCUCUCCACAGUCUGCUUUCCAUCUUAAGCCGGACACUCCCGUCUCGGUGAAAAAGCAUCACGUGAUUCAGGAGCUCCCCUUGGACAACACCUUUGUUGGAGGGUGUGACACCCUUUCCAAACGCUCUUCCACUAGCUCAGACCACUUCAGUGCCUCAGAGUGCAGUUCGCAAGGAGGUUUCAAGACAAAAGGCCCCUUACACACCAGACAGUCUCAGCGUCGUGUUACGUUUCACCUCCCUGAUGGUUCGCAGGAAAGCUGCAGUGACAGUGGCCUAGGAGAUCAUGAGCCUGUGGGUAGUGGAAUGAUGGUCUCACAUCCUCUUCCUCUGGUUCAGCCGCAGGACGAAUUCUACGAGCAGGCCUCCCCGGACAAGAGGACCGAAGCAGAUGGAAAUUCGGACCCCAACUCUGGUGAGUGAUGUUUUCUGACCUUUACACACCUACACACACAUCCCUCGAUACUGUUAAGAUGUUCUGGCUGGGUUUUGCGGUAGCUGGUGAAGGAGGCAGGCUCACGUGUA